AUGAAUCCUCCAUUAAAUACGAUUCAUCAGAUUUACCCACAACUUCAUCCGACAACGGUGAGUCAACAGAAGAAUCCGCCUUCACUACAACCUUCAAAGAAUCAAUGGAAACCAUGGAAUCAGCAGACGAAGGAAAGGAAACGCCUGAAAGGUAUGAUUGAAUGUGGUGCUAAGCAAGGAUUGAAGGAGAGCUUUGACCAAUUUGCAGGAUUGCUUGGUCAAAGAGUCAAACCCGUGAAUCAGUUGAUUGUAUUAGACAAAGAUCAAACGUUGGAGGCUUUGUUGAAUGAUCACCAAUCCUAUUGGGAAUUGGGGGUGGGGUAUUUUUGUAAUUUCAAUGUGUUUUCUACUGUUUUCAUGGUUGUUUAUGCUUUUGUGCAUAUUUUUCUAUGUGAGUCGAAUCGGAUUCAAGGUUUAGAGUUUAAUGGGCUUGAAUUGCCUGAUAGUUUUGGUGAAUUUGUUACGUAUGGAGUAAUUUUCUUCAACUUGGAGCGCAUUUAUAUCAUGGUUUCCCGGUUUGUCCAAGCUAGACUGAGUAGAGGAAACGAUCAUGGUGUCAAAGCUCAAGGUGAAUGA